AUGGCCUCGGCAGGCGCGCGGCGACUCCCGGCCGCGACGCGCGCGGCGGCCAGGGGCUGCAGCGGCCUCUCGCUGCGCCCGGCCCCGCCCCUGGUCCCUCCGCGACCGCCGGGACCAAUGAGAUUUCUGAUCUCCUGCAGCCUCUUCUUGCCCCGGGCUGCCCAGGUCUUGGCGGCUGAGGCUGGCUUACCUCCCAGCCGUUCCUUCAUGGGCUUUGCUGCCCCCUUCACCAACAAGCGAAAGGCUUACUCCGAGCGUAGGAUCAUGGGGUACUCAAUGCAGGAGAUGUACGAGGUGGUAGCCAAUGUCCAGGAGUAUCGUGAGUUUGUGCCCUGGUGUAAGAAGUCUUUGGUGGUAUACAGCCGCAAAGGUCACCUGAAGGCCCAGUUGGAGGUUGGCUUCCCGCCUGUUAUGGAACGUUAUACUUCUGCUGUUUCCAUGGUCAAACCUCACAUGGUCAAGGCUGUUUGCACCGACGGCAAGCUCUUCAACCACUUAGAGACCAUUUGGCGGUUCAGUCCUGGUAUUCCUGCCUAUCCCCGAACUUGCACUGUGGACUUCUGGAUUUCCUUUGAAUUUCGUUCUCUGCUGCACUCCCAGCUGGCCACCAUGUUUUUUGAUGAGGUUGUCAAACGGAAUGUCACUGCCUUCGAGCGCCGGGCAGCAACCAAGUUUGGUCCAGAAACAGCCAUCCCCCGUGAACUGAUGUUCCAUGAGGUGCACCAAACUUGAGGCAAAGGAUUGUUCCCUAGCCUCACCUCUCCUCUCCCUCCUCACCCAAUUCUCUUAUUUAUUUCAUUUAGCUCCUGCUCCAAUCUGAGAGAAGAGUCUAUGUUCGUAAUACUGUUCUCCCACUCAAAUUGGGCUCUAAGCUGGCUGGAAAUGCUGGGGGAAAGAAAAGGCAGGGAAGUAUGGAAAGGAGACAUGCUUAGGAAAGGGUCAGGCUCAUCUUGAGAGCCCACAUUCCUGAUGCCUGCAACCUUCUCACACUGAAUUAUAAUCAGGACUGUAUGGUUGUCUCUGAGCUCUCGUCAAGGUGCCUUAGUGUCUGACCAGGGGAAGACAGCAACUUUUCUUAGGACUGAAUAAACUGAAUUCCUUUCUCUGACACAGAGCUGCUAGGUAGUCAGUAACUUU